AUGGCAGGAGUAGCACAGGCGUUGAAGCGAAUCCCUAGCAUCAAGUUCCCCCAGCGGCGCCCCAAUCCUUCCACAGGUUCUGUUUCCAAGACAGAAGGAGCUUCCGCUGCUGGAAAUGCUAUUUCAAACUUCUUCUCCAGUGUUAAGGCUUCAAAAUCUCUUGGAGGUCAAGCUUCUCUUCAGCCCAAACGAACGCCAGUUUCUCGUGAUGAGAUUGAGACAAUCUUGUUGGGCGGCUGCAUCUGA